AUGAAAGCAUCUCCGCUACUUGUAGCGGCAGUAGUCGUGGCCGCAGCCCUGUUCCUGAACACGGCUGCUUAUCCACCGUUGUCCCCUCCUCCCAAUCCCAAUACCUACAAAAACUUUGUCCGUGCCCAAUGCAACGACACAAAGGUACAAUAUCAUGCCCUCUGCUAUCAGACGCUGGCUCCCUGCGCCAACUCCAUACACGGAAACCUCGGCAAACUCACCCACCAAGCCCUCAAAAUCUCAUCAGCCCGUGUUCAGGCCAUGGCGUCAUGCAUCUCUGGCCAGAAAAGGACGGCAUAUGGCGAGGACAACAACAUCACUAAGGCUUUGGGUGACUGCAACACCACUCUGGCGGCUGCGCAGUCCUACAUACAGCAAUCGCUGCAGCAGAUGGAGUCUCCGGCGCCGCCCAAGCAAGGGGGAAUUGUGGGCGCAAAUGUGGAAACGUGGGUGAGUGCGGCCAUCACAUACGAGGAAACCUGUCUCGACAGCCUCAAGCAAUACUCGACCAACGCUACUUCUGGUGCGUGGCAGACCUGCAAUUCCAAGUACUUGGUCGAGAACGUCACCAGCAAUGCACUCGCCUUUCUUAAUAAAUACUAUGCUCCUCCUCCUCCUCCUCACCAUCCUCCACCUCCUCCUCACCACCCUCCUCCUCCUCCUCACCAUCCUCCACCUCCUCCUCACCAUCCUCCUCCUCCUCCACCACCUCCUCCUCCUCCUAAGUAUUAA